CAUGCACUUGUAUUCCAAGCGUCCCCUUGUGCGCGCCUGGCCAUAGAAAACAACUCCCGCCCGUCAUGAACGCAGUGACUGGCGUUGUCGGUGCCUUUGUACAGUAUAUAUAUACAUGGCUUCCCAAAACACCGUCACAGAAUGCCCAAUCAAGAACAAGCUUGCCACGCCUCGUCAAAGGAAAAAAUACAAGGUCUCAUCCGGACGAUCAGUCUUCGGACUCCUCAGACUCGGACACAUUCCAUCGCGUAGCUAAAGGUUGCUCGUUACCAAGUAGGACUAGUUUCACGGUGCGCAAAGCCAAACGCCUUGCGGAACUCAAGCGCCGAGAAAACGCGCACGAGGGGACCAGUGACAGUAGCUUACUUUCGUACAGCGAGCUAGAAGUACACGGGUCGGGAGUUGAGAAACAAAAGAAAGGAGACCCUAAAUACAGAAAGGCAAAAAGAGGGACAGCUAGGAGAUGGGUCGCUCCUAUACAGAGCUUUGCGCAGGGUAUGGUACCAGCCAAUAGUCUUGUUGCCGUGGAAACCUAUGGAAUGCUGCCUUGUGUAGAACAUCGCCCUCUUCGACUAGCAGACGCCUUCAACGAGAUGCCCAUUUCAGGGGAUUCAAUAAAGAAGCAAAGCAAAGUAAGAUCCAAGAGGAGAAACAAAAAAUCCUUCCUUGAAGCGCCCCGCGGAAAAGCUAAGAGACCUAUCGACACUGUCCAUAAUCUCAGCAAGACGAUCACAGUAAUACGGGUAACGCCGGCUCCUCAUCCGGGGAAUUAAGCUGCCAAAUAAUCAAUGGGACUCCUUAUUAAAAAGUGCCUAAUUUCCAUGCCAAA